AUGGCAUCUUGGAAUUUCCUUCUAGGAUUUCUGCUGUAUCACACCCUCCAGGCAGCCCUGGCACAGCUGCCUUCACAACCUGAGAACUGCUCUGGUAAAAGCCAGAAAAUCUCUCUCAGUCACUCCUACAAGAUCGAUGUGCCUAAAUCCUCUCAAAUCAAGGUGGAGCCAGAUCCUCUGCCUCUCCAAGAUGACAGCCACAUGCUGAUGGUCGGUGGAGAAACAGAUGAGGAGCAAAAUAUCAUAUUCAGGCACAACAUUCGGCUGCAGACACCCAAAGGCGACUGUGAAGUCUUAAGCCAGCUCAAGACCUUGUUGGAAAGGAUGGAGAAGAUGGAGAUAGAAGUGGUACAUCUGAGGGAGGCCUGUAGUCCUCAGAGAUGCUGUGGGAGAAGCCAAGGUGUUUCUUCCUGUAGUGGCCAUGGCACUUUCAUCCAAGAUAUCUGUAGCUGCAGAUGUGACGAAGGCUGGGAAGGUGAGGACUGUUCUCGCGCUACCUGCCCAGGGAACUGUAAUGGCAACGGGCGCUGUGUCAGUGGUUACUGCAUUUGCAAUGCACGCUAUGCCGGUGAAGACUGCAGCCAGCUCCUGUGUCCCGCGAACUGCAAUGGGAAUGGGGUCUGUGUCAAUGGGGUCUGUCAGUGCUACAAGGAAUUCAUCGGGGAUGACUGUGCCGAGAAGAGGUGCCCCAAUGACUGCAGCGGCAACGGAUACUGCGAUAGUGGCGAGUGUUACUGUGAGGAUGGCUUCAUUGGGCUGGACUGCUCCAAAGUAAUUGCUCCUUGGAAUGCACAGCUCCUGAAGUCCUCGGAAGAUUCUCUGACCGUUGGCUGGGAUAAGAUUACGGAUGUGGAUUAUUACCUCAUCAGCUACUUUCCUGUUGGGCAGGAGGCCUCUGUGAAGCAAGUGCGAGUGCCCAAAGAUCAGAUCAGUUACGAGAUCUCAGGUCUUCUUUCCGGCACAAAAUAUGUAAUCACUCUUCACCAUAUCAAGAAGGGGAUUUCCAGUGACCCGAGCCUUCUGCAAGCCAGUACAGCUGUGGCCACCAUUGGUGCUAUUUGGGUGACAGAAGCGACAGAGAAUUCACUGGAAGUGGAGUGGGAGAACCCUGCAACAGAUGUGGAUUACUACAAGCUGAAAGUCAGUUCAUUGCUUGGACUAGGGGAGGAGAAGGAGGUCUUGGUUCCCAAAAGCAGUGACCCCAAGAGCAGGUACAUCAUCACAGGCCUGAUACCAGGAACACAGUAUAAAAUCACUGUUGUGGCUGUGAAGAAUGAGAUCGAAGGAAAGCCAUCAGGUGUAAAUGGCUGGACAGAAAUUGACAUCCCCAAAAAUCUAGUGACUGAACGAGUAACUGAGGAUACUGCCACAGUCUCCUGGGACAAGGUCCAAGCUCUUAUAGAUAGAUAUUCAGCACGAUGCACCUCUGCAGAUGGAGACACCAAAGAGGUAUCUAUAGGGAGAGACAAGAGCAGCACCACCCUGACAGGUUUGGGCCCAGGCAAGGAGUACGUCAUCUACGUCUGGGCAGAGAAGGGGAACACGGAGAGCAAGAAAGCAAAAACUAAAAUUGUGACAGAAAUUGAUGGCCCAACUAAUCUGGUAACCAACCAUGUGACAGAAGACACAGCCACCGUAUCUUGGCAUGGGUCCCAAGCUCCCAUAGACAGAUAUGUUUUGACCUAUACUUCAGCUGAUGGGGACACCAAAGAGAUGUCUGUGGGGAAGGACAAGAGAACCACUACAUUAAUGGGUCUGAAGCCGGGCAUGGACUACACCAUCUAUAUCUGGGCAGUGAAGGGAGCCCAGCAAAGCAGGAAGACAAACACUAAAGCUGUAACAGAAAUUGAUAGCCCUGCGAAUCUGAAAACAGACCAAACAACAGAGAACACAGCCACUGUCUCCUGGAACAAGCCCUUGGCUGCCAUAGAUCGAUACAUACUGAGCUAUACUUCUGCUGAUGGAGAAACCAGAGAGAUUGCAGUUGGGAAGGACAAAACCAGCACCACCUUGACUGGGCUGAAGCCAGGCAUCGAGUAUGUCAUCUACAUCUGGGCUUUGAAGGGAACCAAACCAAGCAAGAAGACAAGCACAAAAGCUUUGACUGAAAUUGACCCUCCACGGAACGUCCGUGUAUCAGAUGUGACACAAUCUAGCGCAGUGGUCACAUGGAUGCCACCCGAUGCCCAGAUUCAUGGAUAUCUUCUCACCUAUCAAGAGCCUGAUGGCACUAUCAGGGAAGUACGGCUAGGUCCCAAUGAACAAAAGUUUGUGUUAGAAGGCCUUAGUCGGGGUACUAAAUACACCAUCUACAUCAUGGCCUUUAAGGGAGACCGUUGGAGCAGAAAGGCAGCUAUUACCUUUUCCACAGUCAGUUUACUGUAUCCCUAUCCUGCUGAUUGCAGCCGGACCCAGCAAAAUGGGCAUUCCUCAAGUGGUAUCUACACCAUCUAUCUGAAUGGUGACCUCAACAGACCCUUCCAAGUGUACUGCGACAUGACCACUGAUGGUGGUGGAUGGAUUGUGUUUCAGCGGCGAAACACAGGGCAGCUGGAUUUCUUUAAGCGCUGGAGGAAUUAUGUCGAAGGCUUUGGAGAUCCUAAAGGGGAAUUUUGGCUUGGUCUCGAAAAGCUUCAUGAACUUACCAGCACUGCUCCCAUCCCUUUUGAGCUGAGAGUGGAUUUGCGAACCCACAACGAGUCUGCGUAUGCCACCUACGACCUCUUCCAGGUGGGCUCGAGCAGGGAGAGAUUCAGGCUCUCGGUAGGAAAAUACAGAGGCACUGCCGGGGAUGCUAUGACUUACCACAAUGAGAGGAAAUUUACCACCUGGGACAGAGACAAUGAUAUUGCUAUCAGCAACUGUGGACUCACACACCAUGGUGGCUGGUGGUACAAGAACUGUCAUUUGGCCAACCUCAAUGGUAAAUAUGGAGAAGACAAACACAGUGAGGGAGUUAAUUGGGAGCCAUGGAAAGGCCAUUUAUACUCCAUCCCUUUUACUGAGAUGAAGAUCCGUCCACGGUUACAUGGUUUUGACCCCGUCCUGGGCAGGAGGAGGAGAUCACUGGCAGUGGCAACCAAGAGGGAGAUGAGCAUUUAAAUCAGUUUACUCCAAAUGCUGUUCUUGUCAAUCCAAGCACAGGAACUCAUUAUCAUUUAACAAGCACAUUUAUAACCACAAACAACUGGCUUAUAUCCUCCUCAGAAAAACCUUCCACCUUAACUGAGUGGAACCACAAUAAAACUUGUCCAACAGUGGCUGAUUCCGCACACGUUGGAUAAUGCACUUUCAAUGCACUUUAUCAAUCGU